AUGUUGCGUGCAUCAGCUUCGUCUCGUUGUUUGGGCUCCUUUUGCAAGAAUAUUAUUCGGGGUGCGGCCAAGGAUGUGAAAUUCGGUGCCGAAGCUCGUGCUUCAAUGCUCGUUGGCGUAGAUAUUCUUGCUGAUGCUGUAGCAGUAACUAUGGGUCCCAAGGGUCGUAAUGUCAUCCUGGAAAGCCAAUGGCGCUCUCCCAAGAUCACAAAAGACGGUGUUACUGUUGCUAAAGGCAUUGAGCUUAAGGAUAAAUUCCAGAAUAUCGGAGCUAAACUUGUUCAAGACGUUGCUAAUAAUGCAAACGAAGAAGCCGGUGAUGGUACAACUACCGCGACCGUUCUUGCACGUGCCAUUGCAAAGGAGGGCUUCGAAAAAAUCAGUAAGGGAGCAAACCCUAUUGAAUUCCGUAGAGGAGUCAUGUUGGCAGUUGAUACCGUUGUCAAGCACUUGAAGGAAAUGUCAAAGCCUGUCACUACGCCAGAAGAAAUCUCUCAAGUUGCAACAAUUUCAGCUAAUGGAGACACAGCCAUUGGUGAACUUAUCUCAGACGCUAUGAAGCGUGUUGGAAAUGACGGAACCAUCACUGUUAAGGAUGGUAAAACUCUGGUCGAUGAGAUUGAAUAUAUCGAGGGUAUGAAGUUUGACCGCGGUUACAUCUCCCCAUACUUCAUAAAUACUGAAAAGGGAGCUCGUUGCGAAUUUCAGAAUCCCUACAUUCUCUUCUCAGAGAAAAAAAUCAAUAACAUUCAAGUUCUCAUUCCUGUGUUAGAAAUGGUUCACCAACAAAAAAGACCUCUUGUUAUAAUUGCUGAGGAUGUAGAAGGUGAAGCUUUAACUGCUCUUGUGCUUAAUCGUCUUAAACUUGGGUUGCAAGUUUGUGCCGUGAAAGCUCCUGGUUUUGGUGACAAUCGAAAAAAUACCCUUCGUGAUAUGGCUAUUGCAGCUGGUGGUGUGGUCUUUGGUGAUGAUGCUGAUAUGUACAAACUUGAAGAUGUUCAACUCCAUGACCUUGGACGUGUUGCUGAAGCUGUUAUCACUAAGGAUGACACUCUUUUAAUGCGUGGAGAGGGCAAUAAGGACGAUAUUCAAAAACGUAUUUUGCAGAUUCGUGAUGAAAUCAGUGUUAGUACUAGCGACUACGAAAAAGAGAAGAUGCAAGAACGCCUUGCUAAGCUCUCUAACGGUGUCGCUGUUAUCAAAGUCGGUGGCAGCAGUGAGGUCGAGGUUUCUGAGAAGAAGGACCGUUAUACGGAUGCCCUCAACUCAACUCGUGCUGCUGUUGAGGAGGGUAUUGUUCCCGGUGGUGGUACCGCUCUGCUGAGAUGUAUUUCUAUUCUAGACAAAAUCGAAGUAAAGAAUCAGGAUCAGCAAAUCGGCAUUGAUAUUGUUAAGAAGGCUCUUGAGCAACCAACUUAUACAAUUGCUCAUAACGCUGGAGUCAAUGCGUCAGUCGUUGUUCAAAAGAUUCUUGGCUUGUCUCAGAAUGAGGGGUAUGAUGCAAUGAACGACAAGUACGUUGACAUGAUUGCUGCUGGUAUUAUCGAUCCAACCAAAGUCGUCCGCACUGCCCUUGUCGAUGCUGCUGGUGUUGCGUCUCUCUUGACGACGGCUGAGACAGUUGUUUGUGACAUUCCUAAGGAGGAUAACCCAAUGCCCGGCAUGGGAGGCGGCAUGGGUGGUAUGGGCGGUAUGGGAGGUAUGAUGUAA